AAGAGCAAGAGCAAAGAGGUCCAGGAUUGGAAUGGAGGGAAGCUCAAGCUGUUCGGGGGUAGUGCCAGAUUGGGUGUUGGAGUCGGUAAGAAGCAGCAUGGGGCAUCUAGAACAAGUAGCAGCCGAGUUGCCCCAAUUGUUGGCUCUCUGUUCCGACCCGGAAGUGCUUGCCCAAAUGCCGCCUAUUCAGCGUGCCCAAUCUCUUCUCUUGCUCUCUAAUCUCACCACCACUCUAUUCACCGUCAGGUUGAGAUGCAGUGGAGUUUACGAUGACGACCAUCGCGUCAACACCGAGCUUGAUAGGUUAAAAUUGUAUCAGGAGAAGCUACAGCGUUUCCUAGAUUUGAGCAAAGCACCAUUGCGACCAUCCACCACUUUGAAUCAUCAGGCAGCAACCCGUUUCAUCGAGCAUUCUCUGCCUGACCUCACCCCAGAGCAGAGGCAAAAUCUGAGAAAUAUUAGUAAAGGGGAGGGCCGAAAGAUGAAGUAUCUGGAAAGGAAUGUUCAGAAGAAGAGGAAGUAUCAAUCACCUAAUGCACAAUCAGUUCAAUCUGCUGCCAAGGAGUUUCUAGAGAAAGCUGCUCGCGACCUUCUCGGUGAUGACAAUGGUGGUAUUAAGGGACCUCUAAGGCCUGGCUUCUCAGAUAAAGAUAAUCUGAAUUUGGACUGAUUUCCACAUUUUUCCUGGGUUUGCUGAGACGAAAUUUACUGAUGUUCAUCAAGUUCGCCUCUCUAUGGAGCUUUUCAGUUCUUUGGUGGCAGCGCAAGUUUUCAUACUUUUACGGAUUUUCUAAGUAGAAAUAUUUCCAUAAUUUUACCUGAGGAAUGUAUUAGCUAUCAUCAUGAGGGCCUUUCAGUUUCUUUGUUGUAUUUAUAUUUCGACGCGUUUUGUUUGUAUAAUCUAUUUCAAAAUUACAGAAAUGUAUUAGCAACUUCAAAAAGUUACCUUCCAAGGCAUAGAUCCAGGGCUUUGAAGGUGAUUCAUGAAUGUUAUUGUUUCGGGAAAUUCCUAGGCA